GACUCUCCCUUCGGCUCAGGCACCUGCCUGGCCGCCCUGCGCGGCGGGGUCCUAAGGCGCCUUGGGCAAGCGCCGCGAUUGGCUGCGACUGGUGGCUAGAGCUCUGCUCUAGCGCCGUUUGACAACCGCAGUCUGCAAGAGGUUGAGCUGAGCAGCCCGGGAGGGGCAGACGGGAGGAAGGACGGGCCGACGAACUGAUGGAUUGACGCGCGCGGGCAGCAGGAGGGAGGGAGCAGUGACGCCAAGCCCAGAUCGACGCCCUCGCUUUCCCACCGUAGCCCGGAACCGAUCCGCCUUGGGGCCCCGGUCGCUGGCCUCUCAGCUGUUUUCUCCUCCGUCGCUUCUCCGGGUUAGACCGGAGCCCUCAGGUUAUCAACAUGACGGCAGAGGAAACAGUAAAUGUAAAAGAAGUUGAAAUCAUUAAGUUAAUUUUGGACUUCCUGAAUUCAAAGAAGCUUCAUAUUAGUAUGUUGGCCCUGGAGAAGGAAAGUGGAGUCAUCAAUGGCCUAUUUUCAGAUGAUAUGCUUUUCUUGAGGCAGCUAAUUCUCGAUGGCCAAUGGGAUGAAGUUCUGCAGUUCAUUCAGCCUCUGGAAUGUAUGGAAAAGUUUGACAAAAAAAGGUUUCGUUAUAUUAUUCUGAAGCAGAAGUUUCUAGAAGCUUUAUGCGUUAACAAUGCAAUGUCAGCAGAAGAUGAGCCCCAGCAUGUAAGAUUUUUAUUCCUGAAGUUGGAAUUUACCAUGCAGGAAGCUGUUCAGUGUUUACAUGCCCUAGAAGAGUACUGUCCUUCAAAAGAUGACUACAGCAAGCUGUGUUUGCUUUUGACCUUGCCUCGCCUGACCAAUCAUGCUGAAUUUAAAGACUGGAACCCCAGCACUGCGCGAGUUCACUGUUUUGAAGAAGCUUGCGUCAUGGUUGCAGAAUUUAUCCCUGCUGAUCGGAAGCUUAGUGAGGCUGGCUUCAAAGCAAGUAAUAAUCGUCUGUUUCAGCUCGUAAUGAAGGGCCUGCUUUAUGAAUGUUGUGUAGAGUUUUGUCAGAGUAAAGCAACUGGUGAAGAAAUUACAGAAAGUGAAGUGCUUCUUGGAAUUGACCUCUUAUGUGGUAAUGGUUGUGAUGAUUUGGAUCUGAGUUUAUUAUCAUGGCUCCAGAAUCUUCCAUCUUCUGUGUUUUCUUGUGCUUUUGAACAAAAAAUGCUUAAUAUCCAUGUUGACAAACUACUGAAACCUACAAAAGCAGCAUACGCUGAUCUUUUGACUCCUCUUAUCAGCAAACUUUCUCCCUAUCCUUCAUCCCCCAUGAGAAGGCCUCAGUCAGCGGAUGCCUAUAUGACUCGCUCUCUGAAUCCCGCUCUAGACGGGCUCACGUGUGGACUGACCAAUGAUAAGAGAAUAUCAGACCUUGGGAACAAAACUUCACCAAUGUCACACUCCUUUGCUAACUUCCACUACCCGGGCGUACAAAACCUCAGUAGAAGUCUCAUGCUUGAGAAUACAGAAUGUCACAGUAUUUAUGAAGAGUCCCCUGAGCGAAGUGAUACUCCUGUUGAAGCACAGCGGCCUAUUAGCAGUGAAAUCCAGGGCCAGACAUCAGUUUCAGAAAAAGAGCCGGCAAAUGGAUCACAGAAUCCAGGACCCGCUAAGCAAGAAAAAAAUGAGCUUCGAGAUUCAACAGAGCAAUUUCAAGAAUAUUAUAGGCAGAGAUUACGUUACCAACAGCACUUAGAACAGAAGGAGCAACAGCGACAGAUAUACCAACAGAUGUUGCUGGAAGGAGGUGUGAAUCAAGAGGACGGUCCUGAUCCGCAGCAGAAUCUUACCGAGCAGUUCCUCAAUAGGUCCAUCCAAAAGCUUGGGGAAUUGAAUAUUGGCAUGGAUAGCCUUGGUAACGAGGUGUCGACGCUCAGCCAGUCUUGCAAUGGGAGUAAGGGCAAUGGAUCCAGUAGUUCUUCCAUAACAAGUUUUGCUCCUCCGACCCAAGAUUCUACUCAGAGAUUAACACAUGACGCUUCAAAUACCCACACAAGCAUUCCCCAUAAUGCUGGAUCUACAAAUCACAUACCUUUUCAUGAGGAAUCGUCUUCAUGUGGAAACCAAGUCUUAUCAGAACAUUCAGUCAUUAAACCAGCUCUUGGAGAUUCUUCAGGGAAACUAUCCAGGUCAAGAGGGGAAGAGGAAGACAAAUCAAAAAAGCAGUUUGUUUGUAUCAGUACUCUAGAGGACACACAAGCUGUUAGAGCAGUGGCUUUUCAUCCAGGUGGCGGUUUAUAUGCUGUUGGCUCAAAUUCAAAAACCCUGAGGGUCUGCGCCUAUCCAGAAGUGAUUGAUCCAAGUGCACAUGACACUCCUAAGCAGCCAGUGGUACGUUUUAAAAGGAACAAACAUCACAAAGGAUCCAUUUACUGUGUGGCCUGGAGUCCUUGUGGACAGUUACUAGCAACAGGAUCCAAUGACAAAUAUGUCAAAGUUCUGCCCUUUAAUGCAGAAACUUGCAAUGCAACAGGACCGGAUCUGGAAUUUAGUAUGCAUGAUGGGACAAUUAGAGACUUGGCAUUUAUGGAAGGCCCAGAAAGUGGUGGAGCUAUUUUGAUAAGUGCUGGAGCAGGAGACUGUAACAUUUACACCACAGACUGUCAGCGUGGACAGGGUCUGCACGCACUGAGUGGACACACUGGGCAUAUUUUAGCACUUUAUACCUGGAGUGGCUGGAUGAUUGCAUCUGGUUCUCAAGAUAAGACUGUUCGAUUCUGGGACCUUCGAGUACCAAGCUGUGUUCGUGUUGUGGGCACAACAUUCCAUGGGACUGGUAGUGCAGUGGCAUCUGUAGCUGUAGACCCGAGUGGCCGACUCUUAGCCACAGGCCAAGAAGACUCCAGCUGCAUGUUGUAUGACAUACGAGGAGGAAGAAUGGUGCAGAGUUAUCACCCACACUCGAGUGAUGUUCGCUCUGUUCGAUUUUCUCCUGGAGCUCAUUAUUUGCUAACAGGAUCUUAUGAUAUGAAAAUAAAGGUCACAGAUCUGCAAGGGGAUCUCACUAAACAGCUUCCUAUCAUGGUGGUAGGGGAGCACAAGGACAAAGUGAUUCAGUGCAGAUGGCAUACCCGGGAUCUUUCCUUCCUGUCGUCCUCUGCAGACAGAACUGUCACCCUCUGGACUUACAAUGGAUAGAGUACAUCUGAAGUCAGUCUAUGCAGUGCAAGCGCAGAUACUUAAAGACUACUGAGUUGUCAAAAUGACAUAUUUGAAGAACAUAGACUGACCACUGAUAAGUGGCUUAGCACGAGGAGGCCCCUUAUUACCAUGUAUCCCGUUGAUAGGAGGUGUUGGGUGGUGUUAUUCUGCAGUGCUUCCGUGUGAGCUCGUGCUGCUGUGACCUGCUGUAUGUAGUCUCGUUGCCAAAGUCUGCGGAAGAGCUCUUAUGUUGUCAGUGUGCACUCCAAGUCAUGGUGGACGAUGUGUUUACACUUUAGUAUUAAAUGCAUUCCUUGGUCUUUGCCUAAAUAAGUUUUAUAUACAUUGAAAUGGAACUAUACUUUAAGGAUAUUAUUAUAUGUAAUGCACCCAAGUUCUACACAAAUUAAACAUAGGAAAUCACUUUUGCUCUUCUCACAAUCCCGUACUAUUGUAUCACUUGUCAGUGAGAGGUGAGAAUUUUUUCUCUUUCUCUCUCAAGACCUAAAUGGAUGUUUCCACUAAGGAUCACUUAGAGUUUAAAGAUGGAUAGAAAACUGCUUCUUAGUUUACUAUGUAGUAUAGGCAUUUUCUUUUGUUCUUAAACAAGAGACAUGACUAUUGGUUUGGUACGUCUUUUUUUUUUUCUUUCCUCCAGCUAAAAGGUAAGUGUUUGCUCCAGAGACUUGUUAAUUUCAGUUUUUUUGAAUGCAACAGGAUACCUCCCUGUAGACUGUACUGUGGAAGCAGAGCAGCAGCAGUUAUGUGAUGCAACACUUGAUGGUUCAGUAACGUACUGGCUAGCAUUUUUCCUUCUUUAAAAAAAAUGCCAUAGACCAUAGCAUGCCUUAAAAUGCUAUGUCUGCAUGAUAAUUUAAAAUGGACAAUUUAAACUUUGCACUCCAAAAGUUUACUUGGAUUUUUUCCCCUUGCACUGUUUUUUGUAAUGCAGAACAAUGAUUUAUUGCUCAGCAUUGUAGACCUUAACAUUUAUGUAUCUUUAUUUUCAUAUUGUACAGUAACUUUACUUUAAAUUAUUAAAUAGGCUAUUUAUUUUAAAUGCAGUUGAGUUGGUUCUAAUUAUUGAACUGUCUGUGCACUGUAUGUAGCAAUCAUUUUUAACCUAUUGUAUACAAGUGGAAAGGGUAUUAGAAGUGUAAUUGUGCUAUUAUUUCAAUAAAGACCUCUUAACA